CUAUCCGAGACGCUCGCACUCGUAGUUGGAGCACCUCGCCCUGCCACGAGCGUCCUACGAGCAUGUCGCACGCAGCGCGGAGCUACGCCAGCUGGAUAUCUGCCCUGGUCUUCGUGGCCAUUACCUCCUCGUGCGUGACUUGGCUAAGCGUUCAGAGGAAUAAGGUGGCCCACUCUGAACACUGCUCUGAGUUUAAGCCCAGAAGAGGCAUUAUCAAUGGUACUUUUCUGGACAAGUUGUUGAGAGACUAUCAGAACGUAUCCAGAAAAGCACACGGCCUGUUUAAAGUUUACAAGCCCAAGAAUAGCAGCCUGGCCGGAACGGAGGAGAUCAACAUCGGUGAGAACGCAGAAGACCACGAGAAAGACCGCCUGGUUUGGGCCGAGGAGUUCCACGCCAGCAACAUAGUCCUGAACUCAAGCAAUAAGUGGAUCAGUGUGAAGGAGAGGGGCGUUUACCUGAUCUACCUACAGGUGACAUUCGACCUCAAUUUAAUCAACGACUCUGUAGAUCUCGAGCUCAUCGUGGAUUUUGCAUGGAAUGACAAUGGCAGCCAAGAGUUUGCUGCCGUCUAUGAUACUCGGAAACACACCAAAAAGAACGAAGAAGCUCAUCUCAGCACCUUCCUGCUGCUGCACAUGAAUGCACAGGACAGGCUGGCGGUACGGGCGAACCCCAACGACAAGAUCCAAUACACUGACACUCGACCGAUUACCAGCUACAUCACCAUCGUUAAGUACGCUGACUGGUAGAUUCUGAGGCUGAGAAGAAACCAAACUUCAAAUCUUCAGCUUCUCCAACUGAGCACCUCGACUGAGUUAUUGAAUUUUAUUUAUAUCAGCUCCUGUUUUUUUUGUUGUUUUUUUUGUUGGUUCUGCUUGUUGCUGAUGUCGCGAAACUCUUCUACAGAGGCUCUUCUAAGACUGUGGCCAAAAUAGAGAACGUCUGCAUUAGCAGCUGUCACAAAACGAGGCCUCCAGAUGUUUAACCACGAGCAAAACUGUGAUGAAACUCACUCUGACAUGUUCGGGAUGUUUGCGUAGGGCGCUGCAAUACUUUCUCAGUGUGUGUGUGUGUGUGUGUUUUUUCAUCUUUUUUUUCAUGUUCCCCUCCGUAUCAUGACGCUCCUGACUCACGAUUUUCUGAGAAGCCUGACACAUUUUCCUCCCAUGAGAGACAAAAGUGAUUUUCACUUUGUUUCAGGUUCGUUAUGAGUCAGUUGAAAGAAAGAGCAUCGAGGCUGCUUCCUCAUUUAUCAGCAUGCAGCUUGAAGAAAUGAGCACACAUACAAACACACACACAAACACACACACACACAGCCACAAAGUUAACGUCACUUCCAUAAGCUUGCUUCAAUCUGAAAGGCCGACACAGUUCAGUCUGCGAAGGUGAACAGAGUGACCUGUCUUUGGGAGGCGGGAAAUAUUAUAUAAAUAUAAUAUAAAUAUAAAAUAUGAGUAUAAAUAUAAAUAUAAGUGUUUGCCAGUCUUACCUAAACUGAAUGUAAUACACUCCUUAAAUAGAGAGGAGUUUGAAAUGUGAAGAACCUUUAAACUGUACUGAAUCACAGUAUUUAAAGCAUCAAGAUUUUUUCACAAUACACAAUACUCAUAAUUCUAAUUCUGCUGUUUUUUCACUGAAUUGUGCAGUUGGUCAGUUGGUAUGUUUAAGCACUGACUAUAUUCACAAACCAAAACUCUGAAAAUUCUUAUUGUCAAUCAUUAUAACAAAAGUUAUUGUCCAUCUCUACAAAUCAAUAAGUCAAGUUAUGACUCUUUAAAUCAUUUAUAAUUUCUAUAUACCAUUAUCGGAAGAUCGCCGGUUCGAAACCUGCUCCUUGCCAUCAGCAGCCGGAGUCCGAGAGAGCAUGAUUGGCCAUGCUCUCUCUGGGUGAGUUUAGAUGGCGAUCUCUCCCCACAUCACUCCUAGUCUGACGUUGGUCAGCACAGGCAUCUGUUAGCUGAUGUAUCAGAGCUGAGGACCUAGCACUUUCUUCUGAGUGCACUGAAUAGCUGGUAUUACUGCACUAUACUGCUCUAUUCUUCACGCUCCUAGUAUUGGGGCAAUCACUUGUGAUAAGGGCCUUGCAAAGUAGAAAGAAAAUGGGAUUAAAUUACAAACACAUUGCCUCAUUCGCAAUUUUUACAGAUAAUUUCUUCAUAAAACCCACAUACACAUUUUUUACAAAAACAAUUCUGGCAUACACAAACACACACACACACACACACACACACACACAAAGUUAACGUCACUUCCAUAAGCUUGCCUAAAUCUUAAAGGCCAACGGAGCUCAGUUACAAUGAUGUAAAGACUGUCCUAUAUUUGAGAGGCUGGUACCUUUUUUUGCUUGUUUGUUUAUUUUUCUUGAUUUGCGUAUUUAUUUAUUUGUUUAGUAACACUGUGCAAUAAGAGUACAUCAAACAACAGUACUUAUGACAGCAAUUAAUAUUGAUCAAUUGUUAAAUAAUGUCUCAACUGAUUAUUAACUGACACUAGUAAAGAUAAUAUUAAAUAUAACUAAUACAGCUCUGGAAAAAAUGUUGCUAUUUGACUAAAAUGAAUAUUGUUGUUUGUUUAUUCUAUAAACUA